AGAGCGCGGCGGGGGCCGAGGCGGCGCGCCGCUUCUUCCGGCGGCUGCCCAAAGCGGAGCUGCAUGCUCACUUGAAUGGCUCCAUCAGUUCGGAAACCAUGAAGAAAUUGAUGGCUCAGAAACCAGAUCUUCAGAUUGAUAUUGACAUGACUGUGAUUGACAAGGGGAAGAAAAGAAGUCUGGAAGAAUGUUUCCAGAUGUUUCAGCUCAUCCAUCAGAUUACCAAUAGGACUGAAGACAUAUUAAUGGUCACCAAGGAUGUUAUUCGCGAGUUUGCUGCCGACGGAGUCAAGUACCUAGAGCUCAGGAGCACGCCCAGAGAGGAGUCUGCCACUGGUAUGACCAAAACUACGUAUGUGGAAGCGGUCCUUGAGGGUAUAAGACAAUGCAAAGAAGAUGAGCUGGAUAUAGACGUCAGAUUUCUAAUAUCAGUGGACAGAAGCCGGGGACCCAGAGUUGCCAAGGAAACAGUUAAACUGGCGGAAGACUUUCUGCUUUCAACUGACGGAGUGGUCGUGGGCCUUGAUCUCAGUGGAAAUCCUACGAUAGGACAUGGAAAAGACUUUCUGGAGCCUCUCCUGCAAGCCAGAAAAGCUGGGCUGAAGCUGGCGCUCCAUCUUGCAGAGAUCCCCAACCAGGAAGAGGAGACCAGGCUCCUCCUGGGCCUGCCCCCUGACAGGAUCGGACACGGCACGUUUCUGCGUUCUUCAUCGACCGCCUUGCACGAUCUUGUACACCUUGUCCGGCAAAGGCACAUACCCCUCGAAAUCUGCAUGACGUCAAACCUCAAAGGCCAGACGGUGCCUUCCAGCGAGCAGCAUCACUUCGGGUUUUGGUACAGUGCAGGCCACCCCAUCGUUCUUUGUACGGACGACAAAGGUGUUUUUGCGACCGACCUGUCUCAGGAGUACCAGCUGGCUGCAGACACGUUUCAGCUCUCCAAAGCACAGAUAUGGGACCUCUCCUAUGAGGCCAUCAACCACAUCUUUGCCUCUAGCCAUACGAAGGCCACACUAAAGGAACGAUGGCAUAAACUCAGACCAUCUGUACUAGAGUAGCUACGUCAGAACCCCACCGAAUGGUGCGCGUGCACCAUGUGGCUGAUGCCAGACAGAACAGGCCGAUGUUUACCGGGAUCUACCUCGUAAAUCUGCAGGGGCCUCGCAGAAGGUCAGCAACGUUUUCCAACGCCCAGGGGCUGAACAACUGCAAAUGCAAAACACACUUUCUGCUUCCUCGUGCUGUUGAAAUCAAGAAAGCUUGCUGGAAAACAGGAGUAUGUGAGCGGAUGUGGACGGAACUUGGGAGCACGUGCAUACAGAAGAAGCAGAACGUUCCCUACGGAAUGGAAAAGCAAUUGCGAUUCUACCCACAGCUUACAAUGGGAGGGCAAGGAUUGUACGGUGUUCCAAAGGUGCUGUCUGGAAAAAGUUCGGGUCUUGCUCAUAGGGGUUUCUUUUAUCUCAGAGGCAAGAGUGCUGCCUCUUUCUAGCCAGGAAAUCAAUGCGAUCCCCUCGUGUUGAACCAAGCCGGCAUUUCCUUCGGACAAGCGGCCUGCAUCUAUUUCACUAGCAUCUGAUCGCAGAAAGGCCCAGCUACUAUGGAUCGUAAAUGUAGGAAAUCAGUAACACCCGCUUUAAGCAUUUUUCCCUCUUAGAUGUUUCCUCCCCAUUUUGGUUCAAAUGAAAUCAAACAUUUUAA